AUGGCAGCUGUAGCACAAGCACCACCUCUCUUACCGUCAACCUCUUCCACAGAUAGCAUCUCUCGCCCUUCUUCUUCUUCAGCCACUGUCAAGCCUACCGAAAACAAAUCAAACGCAUCGAAACCUGACAAACCGAACUCGACCAGCUCGACCUCAGGCAAACCAGUAGCCAAGGUGACAGUAUCCGAAGCUACUCCAGUGGACGAAAAGGGUGAAGUGAAGAAGGAGAACGGGGAUGGGAGAUGUUUCUGCCUUCCGAGUCGAUGA